CGGCUGCAUGCAUACAUAUAUGUCGUUGUCGUGACACGUUCAUGGAACAAUCGCAUUUCAGUGAACAGCAGCGAGAAAUUUGAUAUGGAAAAGUGGAAACGUUUCUUCAAUCUGAUGCCUCUAAUAGUAUUAUUAAUGCAAAUUGGCUCUGCAAAAUUUGACGAUGUUGAAGAGAUAGUCGUUGAUGAUGGAUAUGAUAAAUUUAAAGAAUCGGAUGAUAAUUGCAAAUCGACAGAACUUAGUGAUUUGCCAAUGAAAAUAGCCGGUAAAUCGUAUUCAUGGAUAACACCGCCACUCGAUGUGUACCACUUCAAUGGGUUUGAUGCGCAACUAUCUCGUACUUUCAUUGAUGUUCACCUUCAGAUCAACCUCACUGAUGAACAAACCUAUCAGAUCUAUCAGGGUAAUAACUGCUCGUCAAUGCUAGAGCAUUAUCGUGAUGAUCAGAGUUUGUUUGGCUUGGUUCGUUACGCGAGUAUAAUGCGUUCGAAACAUCUGAAUCCAUUCGGUUACUCAGUGCUGGGUGUGUCCACAAACCAACCGUACACGAUUCGAGUUCGAGUAUGGGCAGUGAACUAUAUUCGAGUGGGAGUGUUUCUUGGUGCAGUCGUGUUGUUUUUGAUGUCUGCUUCAUUGGUGCGAAAUAUUUUGCUUUAUUAUGCAAGUGGAUGUUUCGCUGGUCUUAUCGCGUCACUCCUCAUUGUCGCUAUUAUCUUUUAUCGUUUCACACCGAAGCGAUGGAUGGGUGUACCGAUAUUGUUUGGUGGAUGGUCGUUGUCUUUCUACUUGGUGUAUUCGAUAUGGAAGAAUUUCACGCUGAUCAUGCUGCAGUAUCAGAAAUUCGUGAUGGCUUAUUUCGCUACGGUAACGCUGAUAUCGUUUGCGGUUUGUUAUCGUUACGGUCCUCCAACUGACGUACGAUCACAUAAUCUCGCGCAGUGGGCACUUCAACUGGUCGCACUUCUUCUCAUCUACUUCUCUUGUCAGCUAGCUGAGUUUGCUUACGCUGUUAUUGCUCUAUUGUUGAUAUGGUCUGCUUGCAAGACGUGGAUCAUUUAUUCGGUCUCGAAAUUCUUCACAACCAUCCAUGACGUAUGGCGUUUCUUCUGGCCCGAGAGACGUCGCUUCUUAACGAUGGAAGAAUAUGAGCGUGAAGGUGAAGAGGCUACGGCAAAAGCGCUCGACGAGCUACGCGCCUAUUGCAGCAGUCCUCAAGCGAAUGUCUGGAAAAUCACGUCGUCAUUGAGUGAUCCGAGAAGAUUCGCUCAGUUCGUUCAUGGUUCGUGUGAUCAUGUGUCUGAGGAGGAGUCAAUCCUUCACGAUUUGGAGUGUUCUGCACAAAUGGAUCAGCUCACGGAUGACAGCGGUGAGGAUGAGUACGUGCUAGAGGAGCGUCGAUCGCGCAGUUUUGAUUCUCGAACUGCCGCAGUUCGUAAUCCGCAGCGAAACGAUGUGCCGUGGAGUAAUGAUGAUCGAAAUUUGAACAUACGGCAUCGUAGACGGGUGCAGCAUGAACAACGCCUACGAAGACCGCAAUUUGAUGAUUCGAUUGAAUCUGAAGAUUUAGACGACAGUGAUGAGAUGCCGAAUCAGGAUGGCUCGACAGUGCCCAGUCGAAAACAAAACGCACGACCGCGUGUCAACCCAGCAUUAAUAACGGAUGAUUCAGAAUCCACAAACUCUUCGUCACGUCUUAGUGAGGAUGAUUGA